GAUCAUUGUCGGAGUGUUUUAUGAAGACAUGGCCAGGAGAGUAUUUUGCCAGGCUUACAAGGAGAAACUCUAUGGCAAGAAGUACGUGUGGUUUAUCAUUGGCUGGUACCCAGAUAACUGGUACAGGGUCAAGGACGACCGCCACAACUGCACCGUUGAGCAGCUGGAGGAAGCUCUGGAGGGUCACUUCACCACAGAGGCGGUCAUUCUACAUCAGGAGCCCACCUUGACCGAUGUUGGGAUGACUGCCAAGGAAUUUACCCAACGAUUAAAUGAGAGACUGAACACCACUGACACAAGUCUGAUCACAGGAUAUCCUGAAGCUCCGCUGGCCUAUGAUGCUGUUUGGUCAGUGGCUUUUGCCUUCAACAAAACAGUGAAGAAGCUUGCAGAGAAAGGCAUGAAACUUGAAGAUUUUGAUUAUUACAAUGAUGAAAUAACCAAUGCAAUAUACUCAGCAAUGAAUUCCACAAAGUUUCUGGGGAUCUCUGGCAAUGUGGCUUUCACAGCCAAAGGUGAUCGGAUAGCCUGGACACAAGUGGAGCAGUUUAUUAAUGGAUCCUAUGUGAAACUUGGAGUCUAUGAUGCUGUAGCAGAUAACUUAACCUGGUAUAACAAGGAGAAAUGGUUAGGUGGGCGACCUCCUCCAGAUCAUACCCGUGUCAUUGAUCAUUUGAGAGUAGUGUCUCCUACCUUGUUCUACUCCAUGUGUGGCCUGGCUGGCGUUGGCAUCUUGGCCGGGAUGCUGUGUCUUGUUUUCAACUAUUCCAACAGAAACAGGCAGUGUGUAGCUUUCUCACAGCCUGCCAUCAACAACUUGACUGUGAUUGGCUGUAUGAUCUGUCUUGGCUGCAUUGUCCUCCUGGGAUUGGACGGCAAGUUUGUACCAGCACACACCUACCCUGUUAUCUGCCAGAUUCGAGCUUGGCUGUUGUCUCUGGGCUUUACAUUGAGCUAUGGCUCCAUGUUCUCAAAAAUCUGGACAGUUCAUCAGAUGACAACAACUCGCAGGAAGGAGAGAGCUAGAGUUCAGGCUUGGGAACUCUUCACUGUUCUUGCAAUUUUAAUCCUGAUUGAUAUCGGAGUUCUUACCGCCUGGCAAGUUCUUGAUCCACUUCAGAGAAAACUGGAAAUAUUUGCUCGCAUUCAGCCGACCAACACUGAAGAUGAUAUUGAACUUCUACCACAGCUGGAACAUUGCAAUUCAGAAAACUUGAAUGUGUGGUUGGGUGUGCUGUUUGGCUACAAGGGAAUUCUCCUCAUAUUUGGACUCUUCCUGGCUUAUGAAACCCGCAGUGUUAAACUGAAACAAGUCAACGAUUCUCGUUUUGUGGGAAUGAGCAUCUACAACGUUGUGGUCCUGUGUGUAAUCACUGCCCCUAUUUCCCUUAUUAUCGGAAACCAAGAGGAUGCCACUUUUGCAUUUGUUUCUUUGGCCAUCAUCCUGUGCAGUUUUCUGUCCAUGGGGCUCAUCUUUGUACCUAAGGUGAAGGAGGUGAUUCAGAACCCUCCAAGAGACGGCAGUGAAGUAAAGAGUUUAACAGAUUCUUUAGUUAGCAGAGAGGAAGAAGAAAGACAUCAAAAGAUGCUUGCAGAAAAUGAACAACUGAAGAAACAGAUUGCUGAGAUGGAAGAUCGUAUUCGAGAAUUAAACCAGAAGCUCCAAGAAAGAGCUCGUCAACGAAGUGUCAUGUCUAACACAUCUGUAACAACUGCCAGCACAAACGCUAGCACCAAACCAGCCUCAACCAACAGAGUGGUCUUUCUUGACCCCCACAUCUCCGACAGCCAUGCCAGGAAGCCAUCUUGGCCUCAGUCUGCUGCCAAUGAUCACUCGGUGAUCACUCAUAAUGCCAUAAAAUCGGCUUCGUCUCAGAACCUGACCACACCCAGUCUAAUUGCUGUUGAUGCUAACUCUGAUUCGGGUCUUGCUUCAUACAGCUAUGGAAAGAAUUCUUACAAUGAAAGGAAAGGCUCAACUUCUGAUAUUAUGGAGAUUUCAGCCACUUCUAGCAACUUUCAGCUAUAA